UUAAUUCUUGUGUCGCUUACAUUAGUGGAGGGACUUCACACUUUGGAAAUAUGAUCAAAUAUGUGUUUCACCUGAAGCCUCCUUCCUAAUGAUGUGAUAGUUCAGGAGAAAACUGCUAUGGGUGGUUCAGAGUAGUUCCUGAAAAACUCUCUGUAUCUUUGGAUCUUCCAUUAGCAGCUACUCCCUGAGCUGGGACAGUAGACACAUUCGUGCUCAUCUAGAAAUCCAGAGUUUGGGGGGGCUUGUUGCUUAUCAGCUCCUUGCUGGAUUACCUCCUUUGGGAUAAUCAGUUCAUGAUAGUCUGGGAACCUGUGAACCUGUAGAAACCUGUAGUUUUCCUGUAGAAAAAGAGGUAUAACUCUGUGAGGAGUGAUUUCCUGUACUGGGGUGGAGGUUAGUAUCCCUGUGGUGUUUUCACUGCUGAUGUGAUUAUAUUUUUCUGACAGUUGAUCAGAUUUAAAUGUUCAUUAAAAUCACCCAACAGCCACCUUGAAAACUGCAUCCUCAGCUGGUGGCUUCUACCCCCUUUCAAGGAACAAUGUUUGUUUGAUGUUUUUGUAAAUGUAAAACACAGUUGUUACUUUCAUUUUUUUUUAUUGGGUAGUGGUUGUGAUUGUAGCUAUGGUUCCUGUUUAAAGUUGUUUUUUGAAAUAGUGUGUCCAAGUAACAGCUGGUUUGGAUGACUUGAUCUCUCCUUCACACCGAUCUGGUUUAUUUGGAGAGGGGAUUGAGAUUUCCUACAUUGUCUUUGCAAAACUCUCUUUUUUCGCUGUAUCUUUUUGAUGAACUGAAUUCAGAUCUGUAUGUGGUUGAUACUUCACACUCAGUGCAGAAACCACUUUUGAUGCCCCUGUGGUAAGAAAUGGGCUGAGCAGGCACAGUCCCUGCGAGGAUGUUCUCACAAGGUGGAGCUUCUGACCUGGCCCCUGGAGAUCAGUGCCUUGCAGUCAGGAGGAGAUUGUCCUCCUGUCCCUUUGAUUCCCUGGGCCUUUUGAGCAGGAGAUGAUCCAGAGGGAAUCAACAAGCCUGAAUUUCUGCUGGAUCCUGGCUUGUUUGCAUGUACUGUAGGCACAGAAGUGAGGAAUUGUGCUAAGUUGUACUCUUAAGAGCAAAAAUACUCCAGUGCUUUUUACAUUCAUAUAAACAAAAGGGUUUCCAGAAUUUGGGGAAUUUUAACUCGUAGUUGGGAGUACUGUUUUCAUGCAUGUGUCAUGCAGGUUACACAGCUUAAAAAUACUUAAACCCCAGGACCAUGUCAGCCACAGUGUGGCUUGUGUGUGUUUUUAAUUCCAGGGAAUGCAUCUUUUGUAGCCCCCAACUGAUUUCCCUCAGGGGGAAUCUGCAGUUGGUUAUUUUAGGACUCAGUUCAAAAUUCUGGCAUUUUCUUAAAGGGCUUUAGACUCUGCUUGCUAGAGGAAAAACUGAAUAUUGAGCUGAAGACUGGUGAAAACUUUCUUUUUUUUUUUCCCUUUCACUUUCCACACUUAAGGAAGAAAGGUUCCUUAAAACAGGCCAGAUUUUUUUAAGUGCUGUGCUAAAUUCUGUAUAUUCUAGUUGGAAAUUAGUAUAUUUUCACAUCCUGACAUUUCACAAGAAAGCUUCAUUAAUCUCAUUUUUUUGUUUUGUUGGCAUGUGGUGUGUUUUGAUCUUUCUGUUUGGCCUCAGAAGAAAACAUCCAGUGCUGUUGGGCUUUGCUUUCCCUGGUGCUGAGGCAGUUCUCUGUGGUUUUCAGAGUGGCUGUCAGUUCCUGUCAGAAGUGCCUCUGACUGAUUAGGGAACCCCACUGCUGAGUAAUGACAGGACUGUAUUUUUGGGCAAGAAAAUGUUGAUGUGGUACAGAGAUGUGCAAUGGGGAGAGCAGUGCUGAAACUGUGGUGAAAGUCAGUUUGAAAGCAGGGCUGGGGCUGUUGAAGAGGAAAAUACCCAGGCUGGAGAAAUGCCUAUUGAAAAAGCAAGUUUUUAUAACUGCCUGCCUUCUGAGCGAAAGGAGACACCCGGAGGAGGUGAAAAUGGGGGCGUUUGGCUGUCUCUCUGUCAGGAGGGGAGGAGGCCAGGCUGAGCUUGAUUUUCAGAUGCAGCUGGGACAAGUCCAGCCGUGGUCUGCUGGAGGUGAGGCUUUGCCUCUGAGGAUACUCAGAAGCUUUUUAAAGGGAAUGCUGAGUGGAAGUGAAUGAGCCAAUGAAUGCUGGUUUUGUGAUGGAAUUAGUGGAGCCCCUCUCCUUAGGAGAGGCCAGUGCAGACAGAUGGGCAGCAGGUAAGAAAGGCUGUAAAAGCAUAAUAGUGGUAGGGGGUGAGACUUGAUGAGGGUUAAACUGAGCUUAACCCAUUUGUUAUCCACGACAGUGCAUGUGUUUGGAGCAGAGCUUUUGCAAGCUUAUGCUUUCUGGUAGAAGGCAUGGAGGCUGUUCUUCUGAUUGUAAUUUUUUUUUUUUUUUUGUCAAGAGAUUCCUUCAUUUCUUUAAAUUGCAUGGAGUAUCAUUUGAGGGGGCAUGGCUUGGGUUCCCAAUGCUUGUAUCUUGUGCUUGACAGAGGUAAUGGUGUAAUACAUUAGCUCCAGGUGGCAGCUCCUGCUUUUACCAAAGAGUGACCAGUUCCCUCAUGCAGGGCACAGUGCAAUGACUGCUUCUCAUCAAUGCUUGCCCUUAACUUAAACAGUCUUUUUAUCUUUCAGCCAUCUUCUAACGGAGCAGGUCUGGCUUGCACCUUUCCCAUUUCUGCUCCACCUAUAGCUCACCAGUUUGCACACAUGUUUUAGCACCUUUGUUGAAUGCAAGUGUUGUUUGUCAGUUGUGUUAGUCAUGAGCUGUAAGUCAUUUUUCCUUUUGUUUUUAAUCUUUAAUUUGAUAGAUACGUGGACGUAGAUGUUUUUGUUUUGUUAAUUUUUACACCACAUCUUUUCUGUACUUUAGGUUGACUCCUCACUGCACUGUGAAAACCAUUAGGAAAAAGUCCUUGGGUUUAAAACCUGGGACUCCACAGUUACCUGCACUUGGGUCUAGAAAUUAAUUUAAAUGUCGACUGAUCUGUCUUCUGAGCCCGUGCAUCAUAAGGCACUUCCACUCUUAACGGGAGCUCAGCUGAUCCACACGGACAAGUUAAGUGAGAAAGUGGAAGACGACACGAUGCCAAUCCGCCGCUCGGUGAAUGCGUCGUCCCGGGAAACUCCUCCCAAAAGCAAACCUGCUGAAGGGGAAGAGGUCAAAGCAGAUGCAGAAGUCACCUCUGAGGAAUCUGCCUCUGUUGGAGAAGAGCAAGAGACUGAAACCUUGCCUGCUGCAUCCAGUGAAGCAGAACAGCCAAAGGAACCUGAGAAUGAAGGGAAGGAGGAAACAAAGUCCUCAGAAGAAACCAAAAAGGAUGAGAAGGAUCAGACUAAGGAGAAAGAGAAGAAGGUGAAGAAGACCAUCCCUGCGUGGGCCACGCUCUCUGCCAGCCAGCUGGCUCGGGCACAGAAGCAGACUCAGAUGGCAGCCACCUCCAGGCCCAAAAUGGAUGCGAUUUUAACUGAGGCCAUCAAGGCCUGCUUUCAGAAGACCGGUGCCUCGGUUGUUGCAAUAAGGAAAUACAUCAUCCACAAAUACCCUUCCCUGGAGCUGGAGAGGAGGGGAUACCUCCUGAAGCAAGCACUGAAAAGGGAGCUGGAGAGGGGAAUCAUUAGGCAGGUGAAAGGAAAGGGAGCUUCUGGGAGCUUUGUGGUGGUGUCUAAUGCAGGAAAAACUGUUCCAAAAGCCAGAGACAGAAAGAAAAGCACUUCUGCUCUGAGCACAGAGCAGCAGGUGAAGCUGGAGGACGUCCUGCCACUGGCCUUCACCCGCCUGUGUGAGCCCAAGGAAGCUUCUUACAGCCUGAUCAAGAAAUACGUGUCUCAGUAUUACCCCAAACUCAAAGUAGAUAUAAGACCCCAGCUGCUGAAGAAUGCCCUGCAGAGAGCUGUAGAGAAGGGCCAGUUAGAGCAGAUCACAGGAAAGGGAGCAUCUGGGACAUUCCAGGAGCGCCGACCCACCUGGUGCAGAGGAGCUUGUCCUGACCUGGUUUGGGAGAAUUUUGUCUUGAUGCUUUUCUCUUCCUCCUUGGAAAAUAGCUGAAGAAAUCAGGGGAGAAGCCCCUGCUGGGUGGGACU